AUGGAAGCAUUAACAAAUUCGGGUUCGGAUCCGCUCCUUUCAGCGACUCUCAGCUCAACGAUUCACGAUGAGAUGCAUGAUGAAAUGCUUACAAUGGAUGAUGAUGAUGUUGAUGAUCAUUGUGAUGAACUGGAUCACACCUCUCCAGUUAGUGACAUUGAUGCCCAUUUCAUGGAUUUUGCCGAUGAUAUGGUAGUGGCACAUCAGAUCGAACUAAGUCAUGAUGGACGGACAACAAGCAUGAACAUUUAUGAUGGUUUCGAAACACUCACAAAUCUUCAACCGCUACCUCCAAUCUCAACAGUCAACUCGAAACAUCAAGUUGUUCGACGCUCACCAACACCAAAGUCUGGACCACUAACGUACUACUUCCCAACAUCUUCCAGCGCUGGUUUCGAAACGAACUAUGAGGAAGAUAUCAAAUACGAGCCGGAAGUCAAAUACGAAGCGGAUCUGAAGUACGAGGCUGAUAUCAAGUACGAAGAAGAGGACGACUACUCAGGAUUGACUCAUUCCACGUCAUCUCCGUCUGACUACAGUAACCAUGGGACGGAAAUCGUUCAACAGUUCUCUGCGUCUUCGUUUGAGUCAUUUGAUCUUAAUCGAUCGCCGAUGAUGAAUUCAACGGAUAAGUUCAUUGCCAAACUUCAAGAGAGUGAUUGCUCAACCAAAUCUCCAAAAGCAUUAUCACCAGCUGCUUUGAUCCAUGGACAUGGAGAAGACGAAUUAGACGAUGGCGAAGAGUUGAAUACAAAAGAGUUGUCCAUCCAAAUCGCUGCGGAACUGAAACGAUAUUCAAUUCCGCAGGCAAUUUUCGCCGAAAGAGUUCUUUGCAGAUCCCAAGGAACUCUGUCUGAUCUUCUGCGGAACCCAAAACCAUGGUCGAAGCUGAAAAGCGGGCGGGAAACGUUCCGAAGAAUGGCAAAGUGGUUGGAAGAACCAGAGUUUCAGAGAAUGUCCGCUUUGAGAUUAGCUGCCUGCAAAAGGAAAGAGGAGCAAUCCACUAUUACGGCAACUCAGAUUGUCGCGCCAAAGAAGACUCGUUUAGUUUUCACGGAUAUACAGAGACGAACUCUUCAAGCUAUCUUCAAAGAGACGAAGCGCCCAUCUCGAGAGAUGCAGAUCACAAUUUCUCAACAAUUGCAACUUGAUCCAACGACCGUCGCCAACUUCUUCAUGAAUGCGAGAAGACGUGGACAUGAGAAACAAGAUCAAGAAGAAGCUGAAGAAGCCAACAGGCACCUUCGUCAGGAACAUUCAUCGACUUCUCCAACGACCACUUCGAGCUCCUCAUCUUCCUUGCUCAUGGAUAAUUAUGCAUCAACUCAAUACGACAUUAAUCACAUCAACCUUCUGGACGAACUCACUCCACCAAGGGAGAUCAAGUAUUCUGUGCAGCAUCACGACCAUGAAUUGGAUUUCCCUACGGACAUCCUGGAACCCUGA